GAAGUGAAGUGUAUAUAAAAUACUUUGGAAGUGUCGUGAAGAGCCAAUAACGGUUUUUUGUGUGUUUCUUUCUCUCUCAUGUUGUAGUAUCUCACUAGUGUUUUUCAUUCGUUUCUGAACCACACAAACAUCACCACCGAACAAUGCCGACGGGGUUACCGGCGGCGAAUUCCUUAGUGGCGCCGGACGAAGAGGGGUGGGUGUGGGGGCAGAUCAAGGCGGAGGCGCGCCGCGACGCCGAGUCGGAGCCUGCUUUGGCGAGCUACCUCUACUCGACGAUCCUCUCGCACUCGUCGCUCGAGCGUUCUCUGUCUUUUCACCUCGGAAAUAAGCUCUGUUCCUCCACGCUUCUCUCGACGCUCCUUUACGACCUGUUCCUCAACGCCUUCUCCUCCGACCCCUCCCUCCGCUCCGCCGCCGUCGCCGAUCUCCGCGCUGCCCGCGAACGCGACCCCGCCUGCGUCUCCUACUCCCACUGCCUCCUCAAUUACAAAGGCUUCCUCGCUUGCCAGGCGCACCGUGUGGCGCAUCUGUUGUGGCGGCAAUCACGGCGGCCAUUGGCUUUAGCGCUGCACUCUCGCAUCGCAGAUGUGUUUGCGGUGGACAUUCACCCGGCGGCAAGGAUUGGGAAGGGGAUUCUGUUCGACCAUGCCACUGGGGUGGUGGUAGGGGAGACAGCGGUAAUCGGGAACAAUGUGUCGAUCCUGCACCAUGUUACUCUGGGUGGGACUGGCAAGGUUGGUGGAGACCGGCAUCCUAAGAUUGGGGAUGGGGUGCUUAUUGGUGCUGGUGCUACCAUUCUGGGGAAUAUUAAGAUUGGGGAAGGUGCAAAGGUUGGUGCUGGUUCGGUGGUUUUAAUUGAUGUGCCACCACGGACAACAGCAGUUGGGAACCCGGCGAGGUUGGUUGGUGGGAAGGAGAAGCCCUCUAAGCAUGAGGAUGUGCCUGGGGAGUCUAUGGACCAUACUUCCUUUAUCUCUGAGUGGUCAGAUUAUAUCAUUUGAAUUUCUAAGGUUAAUCAAUUAAUGAAUGAAUACUUCAAAUCAAAUGCUAUGUGUUCUGCUGUUCUAGAGUUUUGUAAUUUUAUAUUUGGAUUGAGAUUUUGUAGAGACCACACUCUGCUUAAUUAUACUGUAUUAUGACUGGAAAUUUUGGCAGCCUGCAAUAUAGUGACAUAUUGUGCAACAGAUUAUAUAAAGCUGGUUUUGUUGGUUAUGUUA